AAAGACUCAAUGGAUAUUUCCACUUGAGAUGGAGCACCUUCCAAAUAGAGAAUAUAUUAUGGUAGCUCCUGGAAUAAACGCUGUAGCAGUGCUUCUAAAUAUAGGAUUUAUUUUUAGGUUGGAGCUAGCCAUAGUUUGAAUCAAGAAUCUGAUCUAAAGCUGUAUUCCUAGGAGUUUCUAAUAGUGACAAACAUGGCAAAUGACUUAACAAUGAGAGGUAAAGAUAAACUGCAAGAAAUUAGUAUGAAAUUAGAGCAGAGUCACUUGGUUUAUCUACAAACAGACGACAGUCCUUUAAAGUUACAACAGCGUCACAAAUUAGAAGGUUUUAUUAAAGAAUAUCUUUGCCUUGUUCCAAAUGAGAAUAAAUAUGUAUUUCAAGAAACUGCAGAUAUAUUGCAUAGAUCUGCAGCCUCUCUACAAGACUUCAGUGGGUAUAGAGCUGCAACUGCCUGGAGUGCUAUUUCUUUAUACGCUGCCAAUCUUUUGGCUCAGCCUUGGAGAAAAGAAUAUAGAACAUUAAGGACUUACAGCGGAUAUUAUAAACAUGAAGUAGAAGCAAAUUUAAUAGGAGCCGAAUUAAUGUUUGAACAAAUGGGAUAUAAACACACAGGGUUGGGAGUCCUUACUUUGGAGGGUCCUAUAGAUCCCGACAAAGUAUCUAAUGUGAGCAGGGACGCGAUAGUAGCCUUUGUUGAGUGUCAGAUAUUGAAGCAAAUAUGGGAGAAUGUUUCUCAAAACUGUACCGUUUCUUGGUUGGAAGUGUUAGAGUUCAGGGAAAACCAUGUUGGGACGCCAGAGCAAGCUAUCAGAGCACUGAACUAUCGUUUCCUCGAGAAGAUGCGUCAGAACCGCACAAAAGCAGAGAAUUAUAGGGACUAUCAUUAUCCGCCGACCACAUGCAUAGAUGCAGCAGCACCGUCGGUUCCUUAUCACAUAAUGCCUCCGAAUUAUAAUAUGCCUAUGUCUGCUUGUCAAACAGACUACAACAGAUACAUUGAAGACACGAACGGCAUACCUAGAUACUUUCCGCCAACGGAUCACGGCUUUAUGAACCGAUGCAGUGCUUACGGAUGUUUGCCGCAUGCUAACAAAUAUUUCAGCUGUGUCCACUCGAAUCCAUAUUACACUACAAUGCCAGCAUACUCAAGAGUGCCUACGGGUAGAUUAAUCGAGCUGGACGUGCCUGUGUCGGUUGCUAAUUACGAUAAACUUCACAACCGGAAAUCGUCUCACCGAAUACCAGACUUGGACGAAGUAGACUAUUAUAGGAAACAGUCCAGCGAUGGAGACCAUUACGAUUAUGGGAAAGUUGAUAAAAGAUCGAAAGCAGCUGUCGAUAGAAAUAAUUAUGAUUCUUGGGACUUUGUAUACAGAAACCUAGAAAGUUUAGGAUACACCAAGGAUCUUGGUGAUCGAGAGGAUAUCCUACACAAACGAGAUGGCGACUCUAAAAUUCACAAGCAGAAGUCGUUCAGGCAAAAUGACAACGACGAAAACCACAGUGGGUAUCGAUUUGAAAAGAAGAGAAGUGGACGAACCGAAGUGAAUGACGUUGAUUCGUCUAUAACAAACGGUCGACAUCAUUAUCACGAUACGCUACCAUUUAAGAAGAAGUCUUCUUCUUUCGAUUUAACCGAUUCGAAUAAGUGUCACGCUGAUUCAACUUCCGAGAGUCACUUGUCUUCGCACAAUAAGGAUAAAAAGCAUAGCAGUCAGACGCUUCCGAUUCAACGGUCUCAUCGAUCCUCCGAUCAGAUUGCGAAAAUUGCAGAUACGAUAAAAAGUUUUGAAUUAUCUCAUUCUCAGAAGGAAUAUGGCGUGAAAGACGAGCAUAAAUGGAACUGUGCUACUUGUACGUAUCUUAACUCAUUGUCUAAAGAAAUUUGUGAAAUGUGCGGAAAAUCUAGACAUAAAGGGAAUGAGGAUAAACCUUUAGCCAGCGGUGGAAAAGAGUGUCCGCAAUGUACGUUAGUAAAUGAGAAGAAUGUCUCAAUCUGUGAUGUCUGUGGUACCAGUUUAAAAGAUUCUCCUACUUACAUUUAG